AGUCUCCAAAGUGUGUGGUUAUAUAAAGGCGGAUAAUAAAGAGUUGAUUCCAAAAGGGCUGGUAGACAGAGAGCCACCUGAUGAGCUUGUUCAUCGAGUGAAGAGAAGAGCUGACCCUAAUCCCAUGAAGAACACGUGUAAAUUGUUGGUGGUAGCAGAUCAUCGCUUUUACAGAUACAUGGGCAGAGGGGAAGAGAGUACAACUACAAAUUACUUAAUAGAGCUUAUUGACCGAGUGGAUGACAUCUAUCGGAACACUUCAUGGGACAAUGUGGGUUUUAAAGGUUAUGGAAUACAGAUAGAGCAGAUCCGCAUUCUCAAGUCUCCACAAGAGGUGAAACCUGGUGAAAGGCACUAUAACAUGGCAAAAAGUUACCCGAAUGAAGAAAAGGAUGCUUGGGAUGUGAAGAUGUUGCUAGAGCAAUUUAGCUUUGAUAUAGCCGAAGAAGCAUCUAAAGUCUGCCUGGCACAUCUUUUCACCUAUCAAGAUUUUGAUAUGGGAACUCUUGGGUUAGCUUAUGUUGGUUCUCCCAGAGCAAACAGUCAUGGAGGCAUUUGCCCAAAGGCUUAUUAUAGUCCAAUUGGAAAGAAAAAUAUCUAUUUGAAUAGUGGAUUGACCAGCACAAAAAAUUAUGGUAAAACCAUCCUUACAAAGGAAGCUGACCUGGUAACAACUCAUGAAUUGGGACACAAUUUUGGAGCAGAACAUGAUCCGGAUGGCCUAGCGGAAUGUGCCCCAAAUGAGGACCAGGGAGGAAAAUAUGUUAUGUAUCCCAUCGCUGUGAGUGGAGAUCAUGAGAACAAUAAGAUGUUUUCAAACUGCAGUAAGCAGUCCAUCUAUAAGACCAUUGAAAGUAAGGCCCAGGAGUGUUUUCAAGAGCGAAGCAACAAAGUGUGUGGGAACUCCAGGGUGGACGAAGGAGAGGAGUGCGACCCUGGCAUCAUGUACCUGAACAAUGACACGUGCUGUAGCAGUGACUGCAUGCUGAGGGCGGGCGUGCAGUGCAGUGAUAGGAACAGUCCUUGCUGUAAGAACUGUCAGUUCGAGACUGCCCAGAAGAAGUGCCAAGAGGCUAUCAAUGCCACUUGCAAAGGCGUGUCUUACUGCACAGGUAACAGCAGUGAGUGCCCUGCUCCUGGCAAUGCUGCAGAUGACACGGUGUGCUUGGACCUCGGCAAGUGUAAAGAUGGGAAGUGCGUCCCCUUCUGUGAGAGGGAGCAUCAGCUGGAGUCCUGUGCGUGUAACGAAACCGACAACUCGUGCAAGGUGUGCUGCAGGGACCCCUCGGGCCGGUGUGUGCCCUACGUUGACGCUGAACAGAAGAACUUAUUCUUGAGGAAAGGGAAGCCCUGUACGGUGGGCUUCUGUGACAUGAAUGGCAAGUGUGAGAAGCGAGUACAGGAUGUCAUCGAGCGAUUUUGGGACUUCAUUGACCAGCUGAGCAUCAAUACUUUCGGAAAGUUUUUAGCGGACAAUAUCGUAGGUUCCGUCCUGGUUUUCUCCUUGAUAUUUUGGAUCCCCUUCAGCAUUCUUGUCCAUUGCGUGGAUAAGAAACUGGACAAGCAGUAUGAGUCUCUGUCUCUGUUCCACCCCAGCAACGUGGAAAUGCUAAGCAGCAUGGACUCGGCCUCGGUUCGCAUCAUCAAGCCCUUUCCUGUGCCCCAGACCCCCGGCCGCCCGCAGCCCCUGCAGACCGCCCCUGUGCCGCCUGUACCUGCGGCUCCCAAACUGGAGCCCCAGCGAAUGGACACGAUCCAGGAGGACCCCAGCACAGACUCGCACGUGGAUGAGGACGGCUUCGAGAAGGAUCCCUUCCCCAACAGCAGCACUGCCGCCAAGUCCUUUGAGGACCUCACGGGCCGUCCAGUGACAAGAAGCGAGAAGGCCGCCUCCUUCAAGCUGCAGCGUCAGAACCGCGUGGGCAGCAAGGAGACCGAGUGCUAGGCUGGGCUUCCUGAGCGCGGGCUUCAGCGCACACAGGGUUUUUGUACGACGGACUUGAAAUCCCUGCGUCCAUUUUGUGAAGAUUUGGGAGAAAUAAGGGACUUCACAGCAGAUGCUGGUCAUGUGUUUGGACUCCUUCACACACACAAAUACUUGUGUGCUUAGGCCCUUGUCCUUUGGAAGAGGUAAGGUGAAUCUAGCUUAUUUUGAGGCUUUCAGGUUUUAGUUUUUUUGGCUUUCAAAAUACCCUUCAACCUGUGGUGCAAAAGCAGAAAAUACAGCUGGAUUAGGUUAUGAAUAUUUACAUUUUUGUAAAUUGACCUUUUUAUUGAGAAUAGCACUGAUUAAGGAGAUGAUCAAUUUUUUGUUUUUUAUUUUUUAUUUUAUAUACACUGUAAUGAUCCGCUGACUAUCAGGAGGCAUUUAGCAGUUACUUGUGAGGAUAACUGGAACACAGAUUUUAUUUUUUGCCUUCAGGUAAAGACAAAGGAGAGAAAACUGAGUUACACAUUCUUUCCAAAGCGUGGGUUCUGUUUUUAGGCAUUACCCAGAGCUUUUAGCAGCAGGGAGAAUCACCCAGCUUAUUCCCAAAGAUAAAUGUGUUAAUACGGUUUUUCGGAUUCUAAGAAUUAAAACACAAUCUAGCUUACAGGUAGCCAAAUUGAAUUUACAGAAUCCUGCCAACUGCUCAGGGCCCCAAUGUGCCGGGCAGUUUUUGUUUUCUAAGUUUAUCUAGUACUGUUGCCGUGUUCGUAAAGGGCUCGCCAUUCACAAAACCGAAACAACUUCAAAAUGAGAGCAUGGUUUCCUAGUGGCCAAGAAGUACGUGAGCUAGUUCUCCCCAAAGAACGGUGGUCUUGAAAGGCUGAGGCGUUGUGCUGAGUGGGGGGCGGCACACUGCCUCUCUCGGGUCUGGGGCUUCCCCCCCCCCCCCGCCGGUUCCUGAAAACCCCUGGUGGUGACCUGGAGGUGGACCCUGCAUCCCUUCUUGCUUUAGUGCUUCGGGACUGUGUGCGUUUACUUUGUGAAGGAUAAAAAUCAUCAAAUUGAACUCUAAUUUCCUUAAAAUUAUAGUUAAAAGCUUUUCCCCCCCCAAGUACUGAAAUGUGCUCAUAGCCAACACAUUCUAACGGAGAUAA